AUGCGUCUCCACCUCGUAAUUCAGCGUCACGGACUGCCGGUGACGCGCAUUCUUUGGACGACCGCGCCGCCCUCGCUGUUCGGUCAGAAUGCGCCCAAUACCUCGGCCGUCAUCCCUGCCGCCUCGUCUGCGAUCACGUCGACGCGCACCCCUAAUGCGCUAUAUGCGAACGGUGGCUAUACCAUCGCGCAGCUCCUGGAGGAUGUGAACGGCGUGGUCCCUCUGGAGACCGAGCCAGCCUUGUUCGAUAGUGAAUGUAGUGGACAAUGGGGCCUAGAAGACUACGUCGUCGAGGUGGGGGGCUCGGAGUGUCUGCAUUUCAUGGAAGUCGAGGGUCUCCUCAGAGAUGGGGACGAAGUCUUAAUACGAGCUCUUCAGCUCUCCGACCUGCGCGCCCGACGCCUUUCCGGUCGACACCAAAUAUCCGCCGAUGGAAGGCAUUUGAUAGAUGGCGUGCCGUUCGGAAAGCCUUUCCUGAAAAGACCUACUUCGUCGAGACCCGCUAUCACGAUACCUCCGAGAAAGAAGAGGCGCACGAGCGUGGCGAGCUGUGGCAAUGGAUCUGCUGGCUACGAGGAUGAUACGGAAUGGGCACCUGGACAAGUCCGGUCGUUAAAAGAGCUUUCAGCCCUGCGGGAGGGUAGUGGGUCCGACGGUAAACCCGACGAUGAUGAUGAGUACGAAGAUGCUUAUCAGGACGAUUACGAAGAUUUUCAUCAAGUCCAUGAAGAAACUGGUGAUGGCACGGUCAUUCGAUAUAAUGUGGACCAGGAUGAAGAUGACCAAGGCUCUGAGAGUGAUGCCGAUAUAUCCGACUUUGAUGCUGGUGAUUUGACCGAGGAGUUAAAGGGCCUAAAAGAGGAUCAAGAGACCUCUGAGAUGUCUGGUGUUGAGAAGACUGGAGACGACCAAGCGGAAGACGGUGGCUAUCCAUUGCGCAAGAAGUCGAGUCUCCACAUGCUACCAAGACAAUCGAUCUUACAAAAUGCUAGCAAGAAGGUUUCAGACGCCGAUGCUUCGCGACGAGACUCCAAGGCGGUCAGAUUCGAGGGACAGAAAGAGUCAUCAUCGGCGCCGCUCCCACCGCCCCCUGCUCAGAAGUCUCCAGUCACCAAAGAAUUGCCAGAGCCAGAAGAAACGUCUGCUACGGUUGAAAAGGCUAGCAGCAGCAGCAGUAGCUCUUCUUCCGAUAGCAGCUCUGACGAGGACACAAAGUUUUCAUCCUCUUCGUCAGAUUUCUCGGACUCUGAUUCCGACUCCGAUUCCGACUCUGAUUCAUCCAGCUCUGAUUCAGAUGAUUCGGCAUCAGAUUCAGAGUCUGAAGAGGUUUCUGAUAUAGCCUCAUCGAAGACGAACCCACCCGGUCUGGGCUCCCAGCGAACCAAAAAGAGCAACCAGCGCAACAAGAUGCGACGACGGUUAGCCAAACUCAAAGAAUUGGGUGCUUUACCGGCCGAGGCAGACUUUGCCGCUCUUCGAGAUCUGGAGGAGAAGAACGGAGGGUCGUAUCGCUUCCCCGCAACCACACCCGGGACGAGCGAGAGUGAACAGACAGAGUUCGAAGCGAAGCGGCAGAAGCUGCUUCGUGAUCUUGAAUUGGGAGGAGUCGACAUCACCGAGAAAGAGAAUGCGCCCCCCAGUGACAAAGAGAACAACAAUCAAGUGAACAACCAUGUUCCCGAGUCCGAAAAAGAAAACGCCGUACCUGCUGCGGAAACCGCCAAUGAAGCCAGCACCGAAUCCAAGCGCCGCACCCUAGAUGUUGCCAGCUCCCGGCGACUGCUGUUUGGCUCCCUUGGAGUACGGACGCCGCGAACCAAGGAGGACGAAGAAGCCACGCGUAAGAAGCUGGCCGGCAAAGUCAAGAACACCAAUGUUUAUCCCCAGAAGUCCAUCACCGAAGAAGCACCGGCCGAGGAAAGUGAAAGUGGCUCGGAUGAGAACUGGCAAGACAAGUUACUCAUUCGGGCCACCGAGUGUCUCUUUGACGAUGUCGAUUUGACUGCGCCUCCUUUUCCCUUUGAGCAGCGCUGGGAUGCCGAAGCCGAUAAUAUCAUCAGACAGCGCAAGGGAUGGGGCAAGAAACGGAAGAGAAAGCAGCGCAUUCAGGUGUACGGUGGGGAAUACGACGGGGAAUACGACGGGGAGUACGACGAGGAAGAGUAUUAUGACAAUGAUGAUCAUUGGUAUCAAGAUGAAGAAGAUCCUCAGCUCAACUACGACGACACGGAGCAGCCGAGUCACGAGAUGGAAGGCAUUGAGCAGAAUGGACACGAGGACGUGGCGGAACCAUCAGACGAGACAGCGGGCGACCUUCCUCAGAUUCCCGAUGAUCCGGCAUCGCUCGGGGAUCUAGUAGAAGACGAUUUGAAAAAGGGCACAGUCAUUGCUUUCAGGCAGCUGGACAUGUCCAAAGCGACCAACUGGCAGCCUACGGUGUCAGAAUAUCGAGUAGCCAAGAUUCACGACGUGUUCGAAGACCAGAUUCUCAAACUUCGGCUGGCCAAGCGUGAUCGAAGGCAGCCCAAGGAGACGGAAGAUGACGAGGACGAACCCGAGUACAGCGGCUUUGAGAUGCCCGGCUUUGAUGACGACGAAGCGGAGGACAAUGGGUUUCGCGAAGUGUCGCUUGCAGACCUCAUCGAUGCCAAGCUUCUACGAGCGGGAAAUGUUCCAGGCGGCUCCGGAGAAGCCGAGAAAGCCAGCUUCUCUCCGGCAGAGCCGCCUGAACGGAGUCCAACGCCGGAUGCGAAAGCAGACGAGAAGGCACCUCCCAAAGACCGGCACGCAACUCAAGAAGAGCUCGACCCACUAACGAAGGACGCAGUCGACGCCGUAAGGGCCUCUGGCGAGGAUUCCAGCUCCGGCGUAAAAUCGCCGGAGUUUCACGGAUUCCGGUCCUGCGACGAGGGAUCGGCCUUGGCAUCACCGGGCAGUCCCCUAGAAGAAGCAGAUCAUGAAGGUGGUGUUGGCGACGAGGAGGAUCCGAAUUCGGGCAGUCGUCUUUCGCGGCCAUCUACGCCUACUUCGAGCGUGCCGCCGAAUUGCUUGAAGAACGAAGCGGCGCCGCCGGUGGCGGGAUCGGAUCCAGACCUCGAGCCGAUCAGCAGCCCUGAAAGUCCCGUGUCCUUCAAUCGCCUCAUCGCGUCGCUCUUUGACAAUAAGGCCGGGAUCAAGUCCUCAACUCCAAGCCAGAAAGUCGAGAAGAAGCCUGAGCAGAAGUCUGAGCUGAAACAGAAAAAGAAACUAGAGGCUGAUCCCAAUGGUGAAGACAAACCAGUACAAGAACAGGAGCGUGAACCAGAGCGAGAACGGUCGGUAUCUCGGUCCUCACCAUGCUCGGUCGUUCCUAAUCCCUUCUACGAAAUUGAUCGAGCGCACAAACAACAGCGACGACGCAAUUCCAAAAAGAUGAAGACCAGCCUCGAUGUUAAGGAGGGCGAUACUACGAUGGACUAUCUAUCGGCAGUUGAAUUUCCCUCCUCCCCGGUCUCGCGCCAAUCACCAACCCCUGCCGAGCGGCAACCAUCUCCAUCCCAGCAAUUGUCGUCACUCGUCAGUGCCGUGCCGGAGACUCUGGUCGAGGAUGCCAUGCCAGAGGACGCUCUACCGCCGCCGGAAUCCCAAAAGUCCGAAAUCAUGAUGAUCGACUUGACGCAGUCCAGUCCCCUCGUGUCACCGGAGGGCAGCGACGAGGACUUUGCUCGAUUUAAUCGUCUGCCUCGAGGACCGGGAUGGGUGCAGAAGAGCAUACCGAAGACGAGGAGACAGACGCGACAGUCGUCGGCGGGGGCACGCAUGCACCGGUUGCAGGACGGCAGCAUCAGUCCGCCAGCUCCGAGGCGACGACGGGGGAAGAGCAAGGGAUGA